ACCACUUCAUCUUCCAGCCCCCAUAAUACCUAACUGAAAGGUCUACAAAUUUUCUUAUUCCUAUUGAGUUCUGCAAUACAAUAAUACUCCUCAAAAUGUUGUUUUUUACGAAAACAUUUUCAUUUGAAUUCCAUCGAAGCUGUGAUAGGAAAAAAAGUAUAUUCGUACAAUCGGUUUCUUCCUCUAUGUCUCUUAUGUAUUGGAUUCUGAUCUUGAACGUUUGGGUCUUUAAAGCAUCGUCGUUGCAAGCGGGAUCCCGGGCUGUACUUCGUGAGAUUGCUGCUAUCGACGGUGACGGUAGUGAUCCGAAGGACUACGCCGUUGAAUUGAACGCCACGAGUUUCGAUGCAGUUCUCAAGGAAACUCCUGCGGCUUAUGCUUUAGUCGAAUUCUUCGCUCAUUGGUGCCCUGCUUGCAGAAAUUACAAGCCCCAUUAUGAAAAAGUUGCAAGGCUUUUCAAUGGGCCCAAUGCUGUGCAUCCUGGAAUUGUAUUGAUGACUAGAGUAGACUGUGCAUUAAAGAUAAAUACCAAACUUUGUGGUAAGUUUUCUGUGGGUCACUAUCCUAUGCUGUUCUGGGGUCCUCCUACAAAGUUUUCUGCUGGCUGGAGCUCUGAUCAAGCAAAAAGUAAGUUAAGUGUAAUUGAUGACGGGCGGACUGCGGAACGCUUGCUUAAUUGGAUCAAUAAACAAAUAGGAAGUUCAUAUGGCCUGGAUGAUGAAAAGUUUGAAAACGAGCAUCUUUCAUCAAAUAUAUCUGAUCCUGGACAGAUUGCUCGAGCUGUGUACGAUGUGGAGGAGGCAACUGCAACUUCCUUUGACAUCAUUUUAGAACAUAAGAUGAUUAAGUCAGGAACUCGAGCUUCACUAAUAAAAUUCCUUCAGCUUUUAGUGGCUCAUCACCCUUCGAGAAGGUGUAGGAAGGGAAGUGCAGAAGUCCUUGUCAACUUCGAUGACUUGUACCCAUUAGACAUUGGGUCGUCAGCCAGGCAUGAUGUUGACACCACUAGCAUGAUAGGGGUGCUACGCGAUUUCCAUAUUUGUGGAAAGGAUGUUCCCCGUGGAUAUUGGAUGUUUUGUCGUGGCAGCAGGAACGAUACCAGGGGCUUUAGUUGUGGCUUGUGGGUUUUAAUGCAUUCACUCUCCGUGAAGAUCGAGGAUGGAGAGAGCCAGUCUACAUUUACAUCUAUGUGUGAUUUUAUUCACAACUUCUUUAUUUGUGAGGAGUGCCGUCAACAUUUUUAUGAGAUGUGUUCAAGUGUUAAAAGUCCUUUCAAAACAGCUCGUGACUUUGCCCUUUGGUUGUGGAGCUCACAUAAUGAAGUCAAUGAGAGGUUAAUGAAGGAAGAAGCAUCUCUGAAAACAGGAGAUCCUAAGUUCCCAAAGAUCAUUUGGCCUCCAAAACAGCUUUGCCCUUCAUGCCAACAUUCCCGAGUUCCCAAGGACAAAGGAAGCAGUCAGAUAGAGUGGAACCGGGACGAAGUGUUCAAGUUAUUAAUUAGUUAUUAUGGGAAUACGCUUGUAUCUUUCUACAAAGAAAAGGGUCUUCUAGGUGAAGAUGGAUCCAAAGUUUUUGUCGAUGAUUCCUCGAAUAGUGCAGUUGUGGUGCCAGUUGGGGCUGCAUUGGCUAUUGCUCUUGCCAGCUGUGCAUUCGGAGCGCUUGCUUGCUAUUGGCGUUCUCAGCAGAAGAGUCGGAAGCCAAGGAGAAGCUGGAGUUAAGAUUACUAGAACAACAAAAAUCACACAAAUCCUUAAGAUGACCCGUCGGAUGACCUCAAGCUCCGAGUAUAAAAUCCAGAUUACAGCCUUAUACUGUCUCACUCGAGGUCCUAUUCUUUUAUCAGUUUUCUAUCAAGAACAUCCUGAAUUUUGGGUUCCUAGAGAUUUAACAUAAUCCUAAUUUUAUCUGUUUUCUGAUUGCCCCAAUUCACAUUUGAAAUGCCGCGUGAAUACUUUAUAAUGAGUUCUGUGAAUGUCUGAUACAAGUCUGUCCAAUUCCCUCUCCCCAUUUGAUAUUGU